CCCCCAUAUCAUCUUCCUGUUGCAGAGUAUAUUACCUGGAGGGCGACACCUCUGUGGAGCACGUCUGUGCCAUGAAAUUGCUCGUGCUUGGUUUGGACUGGCCAUUGGUGCUCAUGACUGGAUUGAAGAGAGGAUAAGUGAAAGGCCCAACAAAGAAAACAAAGGAGAAGCGAGGGAGUCUGGAGCAUCUGUUGCCAAACAUGGUCUUAAAGCAGAAAAAAUCUUCAUGCGGGUUCACUAUUUGAAGGGUUACUUUCUUUUGCAGUCUCUGGCAAGGACAAUAGGAGAUGCUUCAUACCUUGCAUCAUUACAAAAAUUUGUCCGUAACUUCCACAGGCAGCUUGUCCUUUCUCAGGAUUUUCUUUACAUGCUGUUUGAAGACAUCCCUGAACAAAAAGAGUCUGGGUUAACCAUUGAAAGUAUCUUCCAGAACUGUCUUGACACUUUUGGAUACCAAAGAGGAAGAUGCUGCAAUUUACAUUCUGGACUGUGCUGCUGAAGGCUCCCAGUACAUGGCAAUACUUCUCAAACAGAAGGACCUAAAUAUAAAAAUGACGAUCUACUUUUGCACUUGCUCCAGAGAGGCACCCAUAUGGGAGUAAGAGCACCUGGUAAAAUCAGGAGAUACCAAAA